AUCCCCCUGGUUGGAAUACAAAUCAUUAUCCAUCUACCUCACUUUACCUACGGACGGCUACAACACGGCACCAAUAUGGGUGAAUGCUGUAUGUCGGCUGAAGAAUUGGAGAGAAAUAAGAUACAUCAGGAGAUUGAGAGACAGCUUCGCCGGGACAAGAGAGAAUCUCACCGCGAGAUAAAGUUGUUGCUUUUAGGGACUGGUGAGAGUGGGAAGAGCACCUUCAUCAAGCAGAUGAGGAUCAUCCAUGGGACGGGCUACUCCGAGGAGGACAAACGAGGCUUCACCAAGCUGGUGUACGGGAACAUCGUCAUUGCUGUUCAGAAAAUGAUCCAAGCCAUGAAGACCCUACGGAUUGAUUUCAAAGAUCAUCAGAACAUUAGCCAUGCAGACAAGCUGAGCAGGGUGGAGGCAGACAUAUUGACCAACCUGGAACCAUGGCAAGUGGAUGGCAUCAGAAGACUGUGGAGUGACCAGGGCAUGCAGAAGUGCUACGAGCGCAGGAGGGAGUACCAGCUGUCUGACUCUACCAAAUAUUACCUGAGUGACCUGGACAGAAUCGCUGCGCCCUCAUACCUCCCCACUCUGCAGGAUAUCCUCAGGGUCAGGGUCCCUACCACUGGCAUCAUAGAGUACCCCUUUGACCUCAAGACUGUCAUCUUCAGGAUGGUGGAUGUUGGAGGUCAAAGGUCAGAGAGGAGGAAGUGGAUCCACUGUUUUGAGAGGGUCACCUCCAUCAUCUUCCUGGUGGCUCUCAGCGAGUACGACCAGGUUCUCUAUGAGAGCGCCAAUGUGAAUCGAUUAGAGGAGAGCAAAGCCUUGUUUACAACCAUCGUCACCUAUCCCUGGUUCCAGGAGUCCUCCAUCAUCCUCUUCCUCAACAAAACAGACCUCCUAGCAGACAAGAUCUUACACUCCAACUUAGCAGACUACUUCUCAACGUUCACUGGUCCACAGAGAGAUGCAGAGUCUGCUAAGAUGUUCAUCCUGAACAUGUACAAAGAGCAGCACAUAGGGCGUCACAAAUCUCUGUACAACCACUUCACCUGUGCUACCGAUACAGAGAACAUCAGAGUUGUCUCCAAAGCUGUCAGGGAUACAGUCUUCCAAGAAAACCUGGAUCGGUUCGGGUUAGGGGUUUAGGACUAGUGUGGUCACAGUUAUAUGCUACAAACAUGUUAUUUUAGUUUGGGGUUACAGUUUUGCUACAGAAUAACUGUGGUCGUGAAUAACACACUUUCUUACUAUCGCAGGACUUCAGAAACAUUUUGAUUUACACUGCUGUUCAAAAGUUUGGGGUCACUUAGAAAUGUCCUUUUUUUUGUCCAUUAAAAUAACAUACAAUUAUUGUGAAUCUAAUGUACUUGUCCUCUUGCUCAGAGUUGACAUUGAGAACUCUCCAUAGAGACUGGUGUUUUGCGGGUCAACAGUGAAGCGGCGACUCUGGGAUGCUGGCCUUCUAGGCAGAGUUGCAAAGAAAAAGCCAUAUCUCAGACUGGCCAAUAAAAAUACAAAAUUAAGAUGGGCAAAAGAACACAGACAUUGGACAGAGGAACUCCUAGAACUGCCUAGAAGACCAGCAUCCCGGAGUCACUGUUGAUGUUGAGACUGGUGUUUUGCGGUUACUAUCUAAUGAAGCUGCCAGUUGAGGACUUGUGAGGCGUCUGUUUCUCAAACUAGACACUGUAAUGUACAUGUCCUCUCGCUCAGUUGUGCACCGGGGCCUCCCACUCCUCUUUCUAAUCUGGUUAGAGCCAGUUUGCGGUCUUCUGUGAAGGGAGUGGUACACUGCGUUGCACAAGAUCUUCAGUUUCUUGGCAAUUUCUCGCAUGGAAUAGCCUUAAUUUCUCAGAACAAGAAUAGACUGACGAGUUUCAGAAGAAAGUGCUUUGUUUCUGGCCAUUUUGAGCAUGUAAUCGAACCCACAAAUGCUGAUGCUCCAGAUACUCAACUAGCCUAAAGAAGGCCCGUUGUAUUGCUUCUUUAAUCAGCAUAACAGUUUUCAGCUGUGCUAACAUAAUUGCAAAAGGGUUUUCUAAUGAUCAAUUAGCUUUUUAAAAUGAUCAACUUUGAUUAGCUAACACAACGUGCCAUUGGAACACAGGAGUGAUGGUUGCUGAUAAUGAACCUCUGUACGCCUAUGUAGAUAUUCCAUAAAAAAAAUCUGCCGUUUACAACAUUAACAAAGUCUACACUGUAUUUCUGAUACAUUUGAUGUUAUUUUAAUGGACAAAAAAUGUGCUUUUCUUUCAAAAACAAGGACAUUUCUAUGUGACCCCAAACUUUUGAACGGUUGUGUGUAUUUAUAUAUAAAUAUAUAUAUAUAUAUUUUUUUAUAUAUAUCAGCAGUUGUCGCAGUGCUAUACAGAUACCCAGCUUAAAACCCCAAAGAACAACCAUGGAGUUUUUCCUGGCCACUGUGCUUCUGCAUUGCUUGCUCUUUAUGGUUUUAGGCUGGGUAUCUGUAAAGCACUGUAGCCUAGUGGUUAGAGCGUUGGACUAGUAACCGGAAGGUUGAGAGUUCAAAACCCCGAGCUGACGAGGUACAAAUCUGUCGUUCUGCCCCUGAACAGGCAGUUAACCCACUGUUCCCAGGCCGUCAUUGAAAAUAAGAAUUUGUUCUUAACUGACUUGCCCGGUUAAAUAAAGGUAAAAAAAAACUGCUGAUGUAAAAGGGCUUCAUAAAAUACAUUGGAUUGAAUUUGAUUGUAAAAAGUAUGAAUUGUAAGAAAUAACAGACAGUCUCCUGAACAUGUACCAUGUUAUGAGAUGGGGUAUCAGUAGGCUCUCCCAUCUGUAUGACAUGGUUGAUGAGAAAAAUACCCUGGGAAGAAUGUUGCCGAUCCUGCCUGCACAGUUCCUGCAGGAAGUAAAGGGAAAAUAUGCCUACAGAGUCAAAGUUCCUUAGUUUACAUUUGUGUUUUACAUUGUGUACGUUUUAUACUUGACACUUUCCUCCUUUUUUGUAUCUAUAAAACCUCAAAUAAAUUAUCAACACAAUUAUCAAUUAUCAUUCUGGAAUGGUCACUGGUUUGUUAAUGUUUGUGCAUGUAUCUUAGCAAUAAAUCAUUAAAAUCGA